CCGGGAGAGUGGCGGCUUCCGACCAGUGGUCGCGCUUCCGGAGAGGCGCUUCCGGCGGCGGCGGCGGCGGCGGCGGCAGCGGUGGUUCCGGGUGUCUUUGUCCCCCCGGUGUCGCGGCCCUGGCCCGCAGGUUUUACCCUCAGACUCUGAAAGAGGACAGCAUUCCCAAUGUCCCAGUUUAAGCGCCAGCGGAUCAACCCGCUUCCAGGGGGACGCAACUUCUCAGGUGCGGCUUCAACCUCGCUUCUGGGUCCUCCUCCUGGUUUGCUCACUCCUCCGGUGGCCACAGACCUGUCUCAGAAUGCCAGGCACCUGCAGGGUGGGGAGAAGCAGCGGGUCUUCACUGGCAUUGUUACCAGCUUGCACGACUACUUUGGGGUGGUGGAUGAAGAGGUCUUUUUUCAGCUAAGUGUGGUGAAGGGUCGGCUGCCCCAGCUGGGUGAGAAGGUGCUGGUGAAGGCUGCAUACAACCCAGGCCAGGCAGUGCCCUGGAAUGCUGUCAAGGUGCAAACGCUCUCCAACCAGCCCCUGCUGAAGUCCCCAGCACCUCCCCUUCUGCAUGUGGCUGCCCUGGGCCAGAAGCAAGGGAUUCUGGGAGCUCAGCCCCAGUUGAUCUUCCAGCCUCACCGGAUUCCCCCCCUCUUUCCUCAGAAGCCUCUGAGUCUCUUCCAAACAUCCCACACACUUCAUCUGAGCCACCUGAACAGAUUCCCUGCUCGGGGCCCUCAUGGACGACUGGAUCAGGGUCGAAGUGAUGACUAUGACUCCAAGAAACGCAAACAGCGGGCUGGUGGUGAGCCUUGGGGUGCUAAGAAGCCAAGGCAUGAGCUACCUUCUUACAGGGUCCAACUCACUCCCUACACUGUGGACAGCCCCACCUGUGACUUCUUAGAACUCCAGCGCCGUUACCGCAACCUCCAGGUCCCGUCCAAUUUUCUGGCCGUGCAUCUGAGCUGGCUGUCAGCUUUUCCUCUGAGCCAACCCUUUUCCCUGCAUCACCCAAGCCGGAUCCAGGUAUCUUCUGAGAAGGAGCCAGCUCCCAAUACUGGUGCUGAGCCGAGUUCCGCAGACAGCGACCCCUCUUACAGUUCCAAGGUCCUGCUGCUGUCUUCCCCAGGACUGGAGGAGCUGUAUCGUUGUUGCAUGCUCUUUGUGGAUGACAUGACUGAGCCGAGGGAGACCCCAGAGCACCCUCUGAAGCAAAUCAAGUUUUUGCUAAGUCAGAAAGAAGAUGAGGCAGUGCUGGUUGGGGGUGAGUGGUCUCCUUCUCUGGAUGGCCUCGAUCCCAAGGGGGACCCACAGGUGCUGGUCCGCACCGCAAUCCGCUGUGCCCAAGCCCAGACGGGCAUCGACCUGAGCGCCUGCACGAAGUGGUGGCGCUUUGCCGAGUUUCAGUACCUACAGCCAGGCCCCUCGAGGCGGCUGCAGACAGUGGUGGUGUACCUGCCGGAUGUCUGGACCAUCAUGCCGACUCUGGAGGAGUGGGAGGCUCUGUGCCAGCAGAAAGCUGCGGAGGCAGCUGCCCCGGCCCAGGAGGUGCCAGCGGAAACAGAGCCUGCAGAGCAGGCCAAUGCAUCGGAACAGGCAGCAGAUACUUCCAAACAGAAUGCAGAGAAUCCGGAGGCGACGGCCCAGCAGGAAAUGGACACUGACCUCCCAGAGGCCCCGCCACCCCCCCUGGAGCCUGCUGUCAUAGCACGCUCGGGCUGUGUCAGUCUGUCGCUCCCUUACAUUGUAGAGGAUCGGAGGCCCAAAGAGAGGAUCUCUUUUGAGGUGACUGUAUUGGCUGAGCUGUUUCUGGAGAUGCUCCAGAGGGAUUUUGGCUAUAGAAUCUAUAAGAUGUUGCUGAGCCUUCCUGAAAAGGUCGUGGCCCCACCUGAACCUGAGAAGGAAGAGGUGGCGGCCAAGGAGGAAGACGCGGUCAAGGAGGCAGCCAAGGGGUCCAAGGAUGAGGUACAGAGUGAGGGCACAGCUGCCGAGUCAGACGCUCCGCCGAAGGAAGAUGGGCAUCUGCCCAAGCCCCCGUCUUCUGGCGGAGAGGAAGAGGAGAAAGCCCAGGGGGAGGCGUCCGAGGACCUCUGUGAGAUGGCCCUUGACCCCGAGCUGCUGCUUCUGAGGGAUGAUGGGGAGGAGGAGUUUGCAGGAGCCAAGCUGGAGGAUUCGGAGGUCCGGUCUGUGGCCUCAAAUCAGUCGGAGAUGGAGUUCUCUUCCCUUCAGGACAUGCCCAAGGAACUGGACCCCUCUGCUGUGCUGCCCUUGGACUGUCUUCUUGCUUUCGUCUUUUUUGAUGCCAACUGGUGUGGCUACCUGCACCGGCGAGAGCUAGAGAAAAUGCUUCUCACCCUUGGCCUCCGCCUCAGUGCAGAGCAGGCCAAGCAGCUGGUCAGCAGGGUGGUCACCCAGAACAUUUGUCAGUACCGGAGCCUUCAGUACAGCCGCCAGGAAGGCACGGACAGCGGGCUCCCCGAGGACGUGCUCUUUGGAAACCUGGACUUGCUACCUCCUGCUGGGAAAAGCGCCAAGCCGAGCGCCGCCCCCGUGGAGCACAAGGGCCUGGUGUCCCACAACGGCAGCUUGAUCAACGUGGGGAGCCUGCUGCAGCGCGCGGAGCAGCAGGACAGCGGGCGGCUCUACCUGGAGAACAAGAUCCACACGCUGGAGCUGAAGCUGGAGGAGAGCCACAACCGCUUCUCCGCCACCGAAGUCACCAACAAGACCCUGGCGGCAGAGAUGCAGGAGCUGCGCACCCGGCUGGCCGAGGCCGAGGAGACGGCCCGCACGGCAGAGCGCCAGAAGGGCCAGCUGCAGCGGCUGCUCCAGGAGUUCCGCAGACGCCUGACCCCCCUGCAGCUGGAGAUGCAGCGGAUGGUUGAGAAGGCUGACAGCUGGGUAGAGAAGGAGGAGCCGGCACCUAGCAACUGAGGGCUCGCGUGGGAGCUGCCAGCCUGGGAGGUCAGCGAUGGAGCCUGCAGAAGUUACAGCCCUUUGGUCCCAGAGAGAAUCUGGAGCAGGACUGGGAGCCAUAGGCCGGGGGUGACCCCUGUGCUCAGUCUAGGGGAGGCCAGGCUGUCAGGGUGGGGGGUCUCUCUGCGACGUGGGACGGACAAGCGAGGAACCCCGGUUCCGAUUACAGCUAAAUACAACAUCUCUGCACCCCUCGAACGUCAUCCGCCCUCUACCUGGGGAUUUCUCCUGGGACCCCCCUUAGUCUUAUGCUGACUUCCUCCUGUCCUCUUCCAGUUUAGAAUAAGACAGGGGAGGAAAAGGCUUUCGAGUAUGUCCUAAGGUCUGAUGCCAUUAAACUGAAGAAACAGAUGUGGAAUCUGGCUGGGGUAAGAGCCCCUUCCUCUAGGGGGCACACGUCCUGCCAGGGCUGGAGCAGGGUCUUGGGGGAGGGCCCGCCCUCCUCCCCCACCGCUGCCCCCCAGGACCGAGGCAGGCUGGCGAGCUCUUGCUGCGGGGCUGUUUGCCAGUGAACACUGCACUCCAGCCACCCAGGCUUGCCGGAAGAAACCAGCACUGCACCCCUGGCUCCCCGUGUUCAGAAUGUGGUAUUGGCUCUGGCCCAGCCUGUCCCUGUUCCCCGUAAUUCUCGCCUCUUUCCAUGAUCCGUGGUUUCAGUUUGACUUUGUAUAUAAAGUUGGGUUUUUUUUUUUUUGGCUUUUUGUUUUUUAAAUAAACCAAAGUCAAAAACAAACCAAGU